GGGAGCGGGAAUGCCUCAGUGCCUGGUUGACGGUGGUAGAGGGAGGACGUGUCGCGCGCCGGUCCGUGCUGUACCUUUUUCCCCUCGUUUAGAUGAGAACAAGGAUGUAGAAAGGAAGGAAGGAACAGAGUGAUGAGGGAGGAGGAACAGUGAAGAGUGAAGAAGAAAGGAAGAAAAGAAGGAAGGAAGAAAGAACGAACGAACGAAUGAACAAAACACUUAUUAGCACUCACUCGCUCACUCACUGAUUUAAAACACCGCUGGAAAGACUGACAGUGUGUUAGGAAGUCAGUCAAUUAGUUUCUCACGCCAUUAAACAAACAAACAAACAAACAAAAUACAAGACAAUUAACACCAUAUCCUGUCACUGAGUCACCUAAAGGGAUAUAAACAAGCAUUUAAACAUCUGAACCACUUAAUUGCCCCUUUACCUAUCAGUGGCGUGUGGGAAUGACUCUAGUGGUAGUUUAACAUAGAUUCUUCACAGUGAAUAGGAAAAACACCCUUGUGAACUCGUAUAAUGAUUUCAGUACCCCUUGAAGAACAUUCCUUGCAACACUAGAACACUUAUGAACACUGACCUUGAAGCAACCAGUAACAGAAGCCCUAGUGAAGCUGAACCCGAGGCAACAAGACUAUGUGAAUCUGUAGACACAACACCGCUACCCAUCCUGAACCUCUAACUCACUGUGACGUCUUGUAAUCACGUAAAUUCCCGCACGUGUGAAGCUGGAGACAAAACAAGUGACUCUGUACGUGAAGGUGUAGACAUAAUUACUGAACCACUUAAUUGCUUUGUCUCAGUGACGUGUGGAAGUUUUAAACAAGCACCCAUGUGAAACUAUAGACGAAACAAUUUAUAGACGAAACAACACUUACUGAAUCACAUAAAUUACUGAACCACUUAAUUGCUCUAUCUCUCAGUGACGUGUAGAAGUCUUAAGCUAACCCAUGUGAAAUUAUAGACGAAAAAGUGACUCUAUAUGUGAAUUUAUAGACAAAACAACACUUACUGAAUCACUUAAUUACUGAACCACUUAAUUGCUUUGUCCCUCAGUGACGUGUGGAAGUCGUAAGCUAACCCAUGUCAAGCUAUACACGUAACAAGUGACAUUAUGUGAAGAAGCUGCAAAAACAACAGUAUCUACCUUGUACCCUUUAAUCUCUCAGUGGCGUCUGGAGAUCACAUAACACAAACUGGCCCUCAUUAUGUGAAGCUUGAAACAACAACAGUGCAUCGAGUCAUGAGGCGGGGCAGGGAAGGGAUGGCAGUGUCCGGCAGUGCUGAGGUGGCCGAGGCGAGAGGGAGUGUGGGCAGGAGCAGGCAGGACCCAAGCAAAACCUGAGGGUGGAGGCACGUGUUGGCGGUGGAUUCCAGUGACGUGGUGGAUGUGAGUAUUGGUGGUAUUGACUUGUGGAUGAUAAAGAUGAUGAAAAGUUAAUUAGAACGAUUCCUAAAAGAGGUGUUGACUUGCACGUGAGGAAAGCCUAAGAUGACAAUGGAAAGUUAAUGAUGUUUUGUUGGGCGUGAAUCAAAGGAAGUUUUAAAGGUUUUUGGAAGAGCUGUUGACUCCUUUGUGUGUGAAGGCUCUUGUAAGUUAGUGAGGUGAAAAUGAAGUUGAGAAGCUAAUGACGCGGUGCUGGGUGUGAGUUUACAAGGAGUUUUUUAAAGAUUUGCAAAUUUUUAAAGGGUUUUGACAAGAUUUCUGACGUGUACUUGAGUGUCUUGAAGGCUCUUGUGACACGGUGAGGUGGAAAUGAAAUUGAGAAACCCUUUCAAACAGUGACCAAGGACUUUGUUCAAUUGAAGCCUUUUUGUGAAGCUGAGUGAAUUUGUUUGAAACAGUGAUUUAAAAGAAUUUGAACGUCCUGAAACUGUGAAUGAAGAAACUUGAAUGCUUUUGUGACACAGUGAAGGAAGCAUAUUUUGAGAAAGCUUCGUGAAACAAUGGAUUAGUGAAGAGUCUGAGAGGCUUCGUGGAAAAAAAGUGAAAAAAAAGACUCGUGAAGCAGUGAAUGAAGCGUUAGGAUGAUGAAACAGUCAAUAAAGGAGACUUCGAAAGGCUUCGUGAAACUGAACGAAGGGUCAGUUUGAAAAAUUCUUGUGAAACGGUGAAAGAAGGUUCGAAGCCCAAAUGAACCAGUGACGUUAAGACGAAACCCGAAGGAGAAUUGAAGCCUUUGACACUCAGAAGAGAUUCGAAGACCCUCUGUAAUAAAUAAAUAAAAUAAUAAGGAGUAAAAAAUCAGACACAUAUGAGAAGAAGUGAAAUUUCCCGUUGUAGUGACUUAGGAAAUGAGUGUUUGAAAUUUUUUUGUUCUUAAGUGACUUAGAUUAGAAGCCUUUUGAAGUAAUCUAGAAAUGAAGGUCUUUCUGAAAUAAUGUGAACAAGAAAACUAUAAAAAAAAAAAAAAAUAAAGUACAAAAUUAAAUCAUAUCAAAAGAAAACGAGGUAUCAACGUGAAAAGAAAACGGAGAGGAGUAACGAAGGUAAAAGAGAAAAGGCAAGAGAGACGGAGAGGAAAAAAAAAAGAAAUAAUAAGAAAUAGAAAGGAAUGUGAUAAAGAAGACAGACUAAACGUAAGGAACUAAAAUAGAAGAAAGAGAGAAGAAGAAGAUAAUAAGAAGGGGAAAUUAAAGAAGAAAGAAGUCUAUAUCACACACACACACACACACACACACACACACACACACACACACACACAGAAAUUAAAGUGAAAAUUAGAAAAAAAUGAUAAAAUAACCUUACAUGCAUAUACUCUAGACACACACACACACACACACACACACACACACACACACACACACACACACACACACACACACACACACACACACAGAGAGAGACGUAUAAAUGUAUGUCUGUACGCUUACACACUUGGCAAUCUAUCGGUCAACUCAACCCUGGCCAAAAAAAAACUGACUAAAAAAAACAAAACCAAGAUCAAGACUCAAGAUCAUCAGCUGACACACUGUAAACAAAUGACGCAACCGCACUAACUAUUACCCCACGUGGUCUGCGGCUCCCCAGACUCACCCAGGCUACCCUAGACACUCCCAGGCGUUCCCAAACAACCCCUGAUAGAGUCCCACGUGUCCCCAAUCAGUCCUUCAACCCAGACAGUCCCAAGGAAGUCCCAAAGUUAGAUAUCAGCAGUUUCCCCUUAGUAAGCCCCAGACUAACCAAGAAAGACCCAGUUGUUCGCAAUCAGUCCUCUUUCCCAGGCAGUCCCCAGAAGGUCCCAAGAUUUAGAAGUCCCCAGAGCUUACAUAAUUAUCCCAGUCUUCCCAGUAAGUCCCAAAGAGACCCAGAUAAGACCCAGUUGUCCACAAUCAGUCCUCUUUCCCCAGGCAGUCCCCAGAAGGUUCCAAAUCUUAGAAAUCCUCCAGAGAUUGUAAAAGUCCCCAUGCUCUCCCCAGUAAGGCCCAGUAAGUCCCAUUCAGCCUCAGCAGUCUAGGAAGCCCCCAGUGUAUUCAGCAGUCCCCAGGGAGUCCUCAGAAGGUCCCUUAGAGCUUACGAAGGCCUCUAGUUGUCCCCAAGAAGUCCCAUGCAGUCCCAGUAAGUCCCAAAAGACCCCAGUAAAUCCCGGAACACUGCAUAACAAGGCCUUAGACGUGUCAGCCCCACUAAAUUAAAUAUUAAGGGUUAUAGAAGACUCCCCAGCACCUUAGCCCCUUCAGGAAACGAAAACAUAUCUUAGUAGGUGUAAAGAAGCCCCCAAAAAGUUUUCAAUAAUAUCUCCCUUAAGGUCUCCAUGUUUUAGAAAGGCACAAAUACCUGUGAUCAGUGUUAUUCGCCCCAGCAAGUUAAGACACCUCCCCUAGGUAACGAAACCCCAAGGACGUCUUUCUCUGCCCUCACAUAGCUCCCCCAGAGGAUAAAGAAGAUUCCUUAUUAUAUAGAAAGCCCUCUCCAGUGUUCCCCCAGGUGUAGAAACCUUAGGCUCCUCCCCAGCAGGAAAGGACAGGGUUAGUACAGUGCCCCAGUGUUGCCUGCUCAGAAACACACCCAAGGACGAGACAGAAACACGACAGUAAGUUUGUAAGAUCCCAGUUUUUUAGACCCUCAGUUUUUGCAGUUUUAGAUCACGUCUCUUUGAAGGUAAAGUCCCACAGUUAAUCUAGACCCCAUCCCCCUUACAGCACCCAAGCCCCCCGUCCUCCACCCCCAGGAAAUAAAGGUUUUCUGCAGUUUGAGAACACGCCUCUUUGAAAAUAAAGCUCCUGUCAUACUAGACCCCUCCCCCCAGAGCAUCCACUCCCCUCCCCCACCCUCCCUCCCCCCAGGAAAUUAAGGAUAGCUUCCAAAUUUCACGUAGAAGAAAACUCCUGAGGUUUUUUUUUAUGAAUCCCCAGGAAAUUGAGGGUAAUUCUCAACCUUACGUGGGGAAAAAGUGAUCUUUGCCAAACUCCCCAGGGAAAAAAAAGGAAUAAUGAUGUUUUUGAAUCGUAAACAAAGUAGAAAAAUAUGAAUAAAAUAAGUAAAACAAAUUAACUAAAAAAAAAAAGGCCAGAAAAAGAAACGAACUAGAUUUUCACGGAGCUAAAAGAAAAGAGAGGAAAAGAAAAGAAAAUUGUGUCCCAAUCUGGAAAACUGCCUGAAGAUUGUCACGAAAUUAUAAAAGAAGCCAAACACCAACAACAACAACAAACAACAACAACAACAACAACAACAACAACAACAACAACAACAACAAACAAAACUACCUUAUCACGUGCACAUCCAAACACAACACACACACACACACACACACACACACACACACACACACACACACACACACACACAUAUACUCGCCGCUCAAGCACCGCUCAAACCCCCCUUGAGGCACCCCGGAGGACCUCACCCCAUCACCCCAUCACCAAGCACCCCUCCCCCUCCCCACACACACAAGAGGAGGCCUAGACCAGCAUGGGGCGUGACUAGACAGCGCUGCCCUUAGGAGUAGGCUGACAGACGUGAGGCCAUGGCGUGUGAGGCCCUAAGGGUACUGGAAGGGCGUGAUGUUCCCUGCCGCCCUUGCCGCCCCUGCCACCCACGCCCACAGCCACGCACUCCCCUGGUAGGAAUGGUGGUGGGGGUCGUGGUGGUGAUGGUGGUGGUGCCUCUCCUCCCCCCGACGGCUGCAUUGUGGCUAGGAGGGUGUGACGGCGCCCUGGGCAUGGAGUCUGGCGGGAUCCCUGACACAGCCAUCACCGCCUCCUCCUCCCAUGACCACAUUGUCGGGCCGCACAACGCAAGGGUUCGCGUGGAGAAGGAGGGCGGUGCGUGGUGCCCGAGGACUCAAGUGGCGGCCAACUCAAGGGAGUACCUGGAGGUGGACCUGGCCGGCGUGCACGUGGUGACGGCUUCAGGGACUCAGGGGCGCUUCGACAACGGCAAGGGGCUGGAAUACACUCAGUCUUAUAUGCUGGAGUACUGGCGCCCCGGCCUCGCCUCCUUCAGGGUGUACACCAGCAGCCACGGCAACCAGACAUUCCCAGGUAACAUCAACACUUACCUGGAGCAGAGGAACGCGCUGGUGCCGCCCCUCGUGGCCAGCAAGGUGCGUUUCAUCCCUGUCUCCUCGCACCCCCGCACCGUCUGUCUGCGCGUCGAGCUGUACGGGUGCCCCAACACAGCAGGCGUGGUGAGCUACAGUGUGGUGGACGGGAAGGAGAAAGACCCGGGGCUGCUUCUUACAGACAAUACUUACGACGGCUCGCGAGGACCUGGGCCCCUGCAGCGAGGUCUGGGCCAGUUGUACGACGGUCAGCUAGGGACGCCGCUGACCAACCUGCAGCUACAGACGUACAGCAGGGGCAAAGGUGAGGAAGGCUGGGAGUGGGUGGGGUGGUCCUUGGCGCAGGUGCAGAGGGAGCCGCUGCAUCUCACCUUCGUCUUCGCCACCAUGAGGAACUUCUCAAGCCUCGCCCUGCACGUGUUCUCCAGCCCCAGGGACGACUUCCAGGUUCCCUCCAAAGCUGAGGUGUACUUCGGCGAGGAUGGCACCAACUUCCACGAGAAGGCCGUGGCGUCGCCCCCCACCUGGCCUGGCGCGCUGGGACCCGGCGUUCACAACCUGAGCCUCGCCCUGCGCCACCGCCCCGCCAGGGUCCUCAGGCUGCUGCUGUACUUCCCCGGCCCCUGGUUGGCUCUCAGCGAGGUCUACUUCGACAGUGAGCCCUGCCAGUGUAACCUGACGGACUGGGCGGACGGCAAGACGACCUCCCCGGCAGAGCACAUCGCAGGACGACACGACGACCCCACCCGGGACGUCUCCACGGUGUCCGCCGCCCACGCCCACACGCGAGCCUUCAUGGGCGUGGUGGUGGGGUUCGUGGUGGUGGUGUUCCUGCUGGUGGCGGCGGGGCUGCUCAUCUACGUCAGGAGGCUCAGGAAGAAGAAAGCCUCGCCGCACGUGCUGAAGAGCCCGCCCUCGGAGACCGCCAGCACCACCUUUGACCUCAAGUCCCUGCGCCUCCCGCCGAGCUUCUCCGGCGCCAGCACCAGCACCAACGCGGGGGCUUCCCUGUACGGCCCCGUGGCGGUGCCUGGCGAGGAGGGGUCGCUGUACCACGAGCCCUACAAGACACCCAUGUUUAGCGCCUCGCAGUACAGCGUGGCCACCAUCGGGCGCCACCUCAGCGACCACAGCAGGGACGGCACCGCCACGCCCGCCCGCAGGAGUGCCAGCGGCCUCGUGGGCGGCGAGUACGCGCUGCCCAUCCUCAAGACGCCCCCACCCGCACUGGAGUCCGCGGCCUCCCACUACACCACCACGCUGCCCUACUCCCACUCCACCCCGCACUCCACCUACGCCUCCUUCAGCCCCGCCCCAGCCCCCCCAUCUACCCUCCCUCCUGCCAGCCUCCCAUCCCUCUCUAGGUUCACUGCCGCCCCCCUCCGCCUCCCCUCCGCGUGCCCCCCGCCGUCACGAAGGUGCCGUGGGCGAGGCGUCGGGCGGCGGGUGUGAGUGGACUGCUGGUUAAUUCAGAGACAGUGAAUGGUAUUGGUGUUGGGGACAGACUGGAGGAGGCGAUCACCUUCAGGCCCUGCCACUCCCCCUCCCCCCAGCCACGGCCUCAACAGCAGCAGGCCCCCACCACGCGCAGGAUGGGCGAGGAAGGGCGGGAGUGGCGCCCCCCUCGUCGAUCCCUUUCACAGGACGCGGCAACGACUGUGGAGGGCUGAGGGAGGAACACGAGGGACAAGGAGGAGGAGGAAGAGGAAGAGGAGGAGAAAGAAGACGACAGCUGUACAGACACCACCCCCCCCCCUCCCCCCUUGACAGCACACCACUAAGGCCAUUGUGCCCGCCCCCCACUGGCCCCCCUCGGACACCACCACCACCACCACCACCACCACAGACACCACCACCACAGCUGUCGCCGCCGCCGCAGCAGCUGCCAGUGGGGCGGAGCUUAGUGACGUCACGACAGCCACGCUACCUUCCUUUUACUUACCUGGCCGCCGCCGGCCGGGGUGCCCAGCGCCAGUGCCCAGUGCCCGCAGCCACGCGCCUUGCUGAAGGUAGCGUUGGAGUGUUGUGAGGGCAGCCUCGCCUUUCUCCUGUUUUGCUGCCCUUGAGUGCUGCUCACACCGUGUCACGAUGGGCAGGGUGCGCAGACGAGUCCUCCAGCAGAGAGAGAGAGCACGAAAGUUAAAUAAAGCCAGAAAGAAGAGAGAAGAGGCAAAUAAAGCCAGAAAGAAGAAAGAAGAGGCGGCAGCACGCCACGUGAACCACCCAAGCCCCGAGCCCGCCCUGCCCGCGCCACGCUCCACGCCCCACGCGGGCCAUGCCACGGGCACGCACCAGCCGGGGCCUGAGCCAGGCGGUGCUGAGGAGCGUUUCGUGGUGAGUGACAUGGAGCCCAAGGAGUACGCAGUGAUUGAAAAGAGUUACUUAAGGCGAGUGCUGACAAAGCUUACCUGCGCAGCGUGCUCGGGGAAAGUGAACGUGACUUUCGUGCAGAACGAUUUUGACUGCAGAGUGCAUGUGGUGUGUGAAGAGUGUGGCGGCGAAGCAGAGCCACAAGGAAGCGAAAAUCCCGAGACAAAUAUGGUCGUGUGCAGUGUCGUAGAUAAUGGCAGCGGUGUGCAGGUGUACACACACUUCAGGGACGCUUGGCCGUGAGGGCGCCUGGGAAGAAAUUUUCUCACUACGCUGAAGUCACGACGGAAACCGCCAAAGGAAAGGCAGCAGGUGUAAUAAGAGGCGAGUGUGAGCCGUGUGAGCAAGUGUUACUCAAGGACAGCACCAGCGCCACCAGGUGAAGGUGGGGUGUGUGACACCCGCGUGACGUCAGGCAGCAGUUGCACAAACCAGGGCACAGGAGUCCGCUGUUAGUUGGUGUUGUGAUGGACUCAGGAGCUGGACUCGUAAUAGACAAUGAGGUCAUCAGCAGGUGUUGUGAAGUGUUCGUUGAGACGUCACAGAAAACAACCGAGGAAGGGUUUGCUGAGUGGUUGAGGAACGCGAAGACCAGCGCGAGGAACACUUCACUGCAAGUUCCGGGGGAUGAAGGCAGCUGCGGUAGUGGCUUUGCUUAGUGGAAGCUUGCAGGAGAACUUUGAGUAGAGAACUUUGAUGCUGAUGCCUGAUGGUGACAGGGCAGCGUGCAGUGCAGUGUGUGCCACGAGUGAUGAGAAGAACCCUGUGGUGACAGUAAGGUGGAAAAUACUGAGUACACGUAGUGUCCAAGAGACUCGGAAUAGCAUCAAGAAAACAAAGGGACCGCCUCCACUCAAGAACGUGGCGCGUCUGUUCCACGCACAGCACUGCAGACAGCAACCCUAGGACUCACAGCGGCGAGCAGUGAGCGGCCACGGCGGCUACAAAGAAGGACAUGCUGGCGAAAUUUCUGCAGCCCCGACAAGCACCAUGACUCAGAGCCACCUUGAACUUCGCGACAGCAAGGCGGGGAGCACCAGGGAGACAGGCGAUGCGGGGCGUCACGGCUGAUGUGCGCCACCACGCGAUGGGGGUUUUGUAUGGCGCCGCCUCACGGGGGUUUUAGUGGGGCUGCCUUAAGGGGGGGCAUGAAAUGGAGCUGCCCCACACAAACUGAAGUACAAAUGACAUGUAAUAAUAAGGUUUUUAUUUAUUUAUUUAUUUUAUUUGUUAUUUAUUUAUUUUUUUUUAUGAUGAAGCUGUUUCAACCAACUUUUAUGGUUUCCGAGUUACUGGCAAGAGGAUAAACUGUUUUGUUUAUUACGAGAGAAAUAAAUGUGUUGAGUUUCAAACAAA